AUAUUUUUUUGGUAAGUGUGUAUCUGGGAUUUUUGACAUUCAUACUCUUUGGCCCUUUGCCUUUUUGACAUCCGUCAACUGUCAAACAAUUGAAAGGUGGUUGGCGCGUCUUACGUUACGAAAACAAACAAUAUAUUUUUAUUACCACGUAAUUUUUAGUAAUUCGACAUCACUAUGCAGGACGAUUUGGAGGUUACGGGUAUCUCCCGAAGCGGAAGAGUGAGAAAGAAAAGUUCAAAGCUAAUGGAUUUUGAAUCUCCAGACGAUAUAGAGACUAGGUUUCGACGCCAAACUCCGGUGAAGUCAUACGCCGGGUUUAAACAAGAAGAACCUAUGGAGUUUCACGAUACACCACAGAAGCCCGCGGAAGACGCGGGUACUGCUUCGGGAAGUGAAUCUGACUUUUAUGAAAACAAUGGAGAAAAUGCUGAAAGUAUGGAGUCAGAUAGUUCAGCUUCAGAUGAAGGCACCGCAAGGACACCCGCCAACUCUCUCUACAUGAUGGAGAAAAGUAACAAGAAAAAAAUUAUAAUAAAGGAUGGAAAAGUUAUAGGUCGAGCUAAAGCCCAGAGAAAAGACAAAGGCAAGACUCGAAUCACUGCAUACAUGAUGUGGGCAAAGGAAGCAAGAAAUGAUCUUUUACGACAGAGUCCAAGUAUGGAUUUCUCCGCAAUAUCAAAGAAAUUGGGUGAAAUGUGGGCUAAUGUAACAUAUAAUGAGCGAUAUUUAUGGAAACGGAAGGCAAAGAGGUUUGCUAUGCAAAAGGAACAGAGCAAUCAAGUUACAACAUCCAAGAUUAUAUCUAAUCCCAGUGUCCGACCAACCUCAAAUGCGGGUCCGGGCAGACCGCCGGCUAACCGCGCGCGCCAGCCGCCGCCCGCGCAAAAUGCACUCACACCAGUGAGUGUGAGCCCCACGUCAGCGGUGAGUGCGCAGGGCGGGGGCAGCGGGGGCAGCGGCGGCAGCGGGGGCGCGGCGGCCGUGUACCGCGUCACCGGCUGUGGCACCGUGGACGUGGCCGCGCAUCUCCGCCUGCUGGGGGAGAGCCUCGCCAUCAUCGGGGAGCGGCUCAAGGAACACGAGGGUCAGAUCGCAGUGUCGGGGUCCGUGUCGGUGUUACUGGACACGCUGCUGUGUUCGCUGGGGCCGCUGCUGAGCGUGGUGCGCGCCGUGCCGCCCCUCGCGCCCCCCGCACACGUCAUGCAGAACACGCUGCACAACAUCGCCUACAUCAUGCCUGGACUAUAACGAACACACGCCCCCCGACCCCCGACGUCAUGACCAAACCGCAACUAAUACGCACGCCCCCAACAUCAUGACCGGACUAUAACCAGCACGCACCCCUCAACACCAUGACCAACAGGCACCCCCCGACAUUAUGACUGGACUACAACCAGCACGCACCCCAACAUCAUUACCGGACUUGAAACAACACGCACCCCCUAAUCUCCGACUAUGAAGUAUGGUUAUAGUGUUUUUCUAACGUGUCAUAAAACGUGGGUAUAACGUUGAAAAAGUGCGGUGUGUCGUGACUAAAAUAGACCAAUGUUUAUCAUUAAGUGAAAGUGGAGUAAUUUUAUAAAAAUAAACAAUAUUUUAGACAUAA